ACGGUAGCAGCGCGGUGCAUUGUGGGCACAAACAAACAUGGCAGCGAUUACAACAAGCAUGUCCUUCUUCAUAUUCGCGUGAUAAUUUCGUUUAUAAUUCAUGAUUUACAUUUAGUUUGGAGGUGAAAUAACCGCGACUCACAGUCUUCUGAAACAGGUUUACUCUAAAGAUGUCGUUGUUUGGGGGUUUUCUGAGGGCGUCUUGUCAGUCUGCCGGAGUCCUGCUGCGAACUGUCAAAAGCUUUUCCACAGGUGUCUGCUGUCCCAUUCGAAUGCAUGCCAUCCCAGAGUAUAAAAGGGUGGACCGAUGGACAGAGAAGAGGACCAUGUUUGGAGUUUAUGACAACAUAGGCAUCUUAGGGGAUUUUAAGGCUCAUCCUCGGGACCUCAUUGUGGCCCCCUGCUGGCUGAAAGGAUUCAAAGGUAAUGAACUGCAGCGGCUCAUUAGGAAAAAGAGGAUGGUUGGAGACAGGAUGAUGACUCAGGACCGACACGACCUGGAAAAGAGGAUUCGCUUCUUGUAUCGACGCUUUAACCGUUACGGCAAACACCGAUAAACCCCCGCCAGCCGCCCCUCCCCCCUCAGCUGUUUCUGCAUCAUCUGUUUUUUUUGUGAACUGCCACUGUAUUUGUUAAUAAUCUCAACAAUGUUUAAUAUUAAAUGAUGUUAUUCCAUAAAAGAAAA